AUGGCCUCAAUUGAAGAAAUACCUCAGAGAGACCUUGGACAACUAGAUGACCUCCCCUUCAAUUUUACUGCACUUACAAUUGCUUAUACUCCAGGAACAAAAACAGCAAGAGAGAUAAUGGAGAAAGUAGAAAAAGUCUCUGUUAUUAAAGGUAUAAGAACAGAACUCAUGGAAGAUGAAAAGGCAAUAGAAGAAGCCCACAAGAAGGAUGAAGGCAUCAUUGGCGUUAUAUUUCAGGAUAACUUUUCCUAUCGACUCCGAUUUCCUUUAAGAGCUGUAUCUUCUCCAAAUGACUACAUUGCAGGCACAGAUUUUUGUUUCAACUAUUCAUCUGAUUAUUGUUCUAGUCCAAGAUACUGGUUCAAAGGAUUUCUGUCACUGCAGACUAGCAUCGAUGCUGCUCUUAUAGAACUGACCACUGGUCAUUCAGUGUGGAAUGAAAUGAAGUCAAUUCGUGGUGUCCAUAUGAGAUCACCUUCAGUUUCAACAGGACAUAGCAUUGAAUACUGUUCAAUAAUUCUGAUUUUAUCUAUGUGCUUUUCUCCAUUUAUAUACUUCUUGUCACAAAAUGUUUCAAGGGAAAAAAGGAAGCUGAAGGAACUGAUGAAGAUUAUGGGAAUGAGAGAUAUGGCAUUCUGGCUUUCCUGGGGUUUGCUGUAUGCAGUGUACAUCCUGAUCUUGACCAGUUUGGUGACACCUGUUAUCAAAUAUUUGUUUCUUCCCACAAGCAGCUUCUUUGCCCUGUUUCUUCUGUUGUUCUUGUAUGGCGUAGCAUCUAUCCAUUUCUGUUUCAUGUUCAGUUCUCUCCUAAAGAAGGCGAAAGCCACCAGCUCUGUCGUCUUUGUCCUGACUUUCUUUUUUGGAGCCCUCAGUGUUACCACAUUGAUAUUUAGAAUGCCCCCUCUUUUGGAAUGGACAUUGAGCCUCUUCUGUCCUUUUGCUUUUGGUGCUGAAAUUUCAAAGGUUGUGAUGGGUCAAAGAUAUGGAAAAAGCUUACAGUUGUCUAACUUAGUAGAGGAUUCGUGUUUUUAUAGCCUGAUUAUUGAUGGUGUUUUCUAUAUGCUACUGGCUCUCUAUUUUGACAAAAUCAUUCCUGACAAAUACGGAGUGCCUUAUCCCCCAUUAUUUUUCCUAAAGAAGUCCUACUGGUUUAAAUCAAGAAACAGCUAUAUUCAUGAACAAACCCAUAGCAAUAUCUUCAGUGAUAAUGUUGAAUCUGUUGCUCCUGAAUUUGAUGCGAAGGAAUCCAUCAGAAUCAACAAUAUUAAAAAAACUUAUGAAGUGAAGAGCAUGAAAACAGAAGCUUUGAGAGGCUUGUCUUUGAAUAUUUAUGAAGGUCAGAUAACUGCUAUUCUUGGUCACACUGGAGCUGGAAAAACGACACUGCUAAAUAUUCUCUGUGGGCUUUCCAACCCUUCUGCUGGUUCCGCCACCAUAUUCAAGUACAAUAUAACCAAAAGGGAAGAUAUGGAGGAAAUUAGGAAGAAAAGCGCUGUUUGUCCACAAUUCAAUGUUCAAUUUGAAUUUUUGACAGUGAAAGAAAAUUUAAAGACCUUUGCCAAAUUAAAGGGAGUUCCAUCCAAUGAUAUAGAAAACGAGGUGCAAAAAUUAUUGACCCUGUUGGAUAUGAAUGCUAUUCAAGACUCCCGAGCUCAUUGUUUAAGUGGUGGACAGAAAAGAAAAUUAUCCCUGGGAAUUACUUUGUUAGGAGAGCCACAGGUCUUGUUACUAGAUGAGCCAACUACAGGACUGGAUCCUUACUCUAGACAACUAGUAUGGUCCCUUCUGAAUGAACGUAAAGCAGGUCGCAUAACUCUGUUCACUACGCAGUUCAUGGAUGAAGCUGAUAUUCUUGCUGACAGGAAAGCUUUCAUCUCAUGUGGCAUGCUAAAAUGCAUUGGUUCAUCAUUAUUUCUGAAGAAAAAAUGGGGCAUUGGCUAUCACUUAAGGAUGCAAGUUAAUGAGUUUUGUGAAUCUGAGAAAAUAACAUCCCUUGUCAAACGAUGCAUUCCUGCUGCCAAAUUAUCAGGACAACGUGAAAGUGAACUGAGUUAUACAUUGCCCUUGGAAAACAUGGAUACAUUUCCAGAUCUGUUUGGUGACAUAGACCGUGAAACAGACUUAGGGAUUAUUAAUUAUGGGGUUACUAUGACAACUUUGGAAGAUGUCUUCUUGAAACUGGAGGAUAAUGAAACACUUGAAGAAGAUUAUGGAGUUCUUCAUAGAGAGCAAGUGGAAGAGAAAAGGCACAGCGCUGAUGAAACAGAACAAAAUCUGCUAUUGCUCUCUGAUUCAGGAAAGUCUACAGUACGUGGCACAGAGCUCUGGAGACAACAAGUGUGUGCCAUAGCAAGAAUGCACUUCUUACAGCUCAAGCGUGAAAGCAAAUUCUGGAGGACCUUGUUUCUCCUUUCUGGAAUUAUAUUCAUUCCCCUUUUUGUUCAUUUCUUUGCUUUUGCUUUGUGGAAGGACCUACAUAAUUCAGAACUACACCCUGGCCUUUAUUUUGAGCCAGGAACUAAGUUUGAUACAGGAUUCUCUGGGCUUCUGAUCCUUAAUGAUACAGGUACAAGUAUUGACACUUUUAUCCAUGCUGUGAAGAGUCAGAAUAUUUUUGCAGAAACAGCCACUGGUAGUAACAUCGGUGACCAGCUAGUACACAAUGGAGCUAUAAAAGUGGCCCGGGAAAAGGAGAAGUACAGAUUCACACUUAUGUGUCACAUGGAAGUAGUGAACUGCUUUCCGGUGCUUGUCAACAUCAUCAGCAAUGCGCUUUUGCAAAUGUCUAAUUCGACUUCUCAUAUUCAAAUCUGGAAUAACGUAUUUUAUUUUCCUACCCUCACUGAUAAAUGGUAUAACAUAGUUCAGUUGUUGGCGGUUAUUGUUUUAUUUCCUGCUUUUGCACCACACUUUGCAAUGGACAGCAUUCAUGACCACAAGUUAAAAAUUCACUCCCAGCUACGAGUCUCAGGACUCUUUCCUUCAGCAUACUGGUGUGGACAAGCUCUAGUGGACAUUCCUCUGCACUGGAUUAUACUGUUUUUAGUACUUGGAGCACAGUGGGUUCAAGCUGUAUCCAUUGACAGAAUGGAAUUCAUCAUAAUUUUUUGCUCCGUGGUAUUUCUACUCAGCUAUGGAGCCUCAGUUGUUUUGUUACUGUAUGUAGUUGCUUUCAUAUUUCGCAAAAGACAGUAUACGAGCAGUUUUUGUUCUUUCACCUUAAUCUUGGUAAGUAUAUGGUCAGCCAUCUUACUUAAUAUUUCAAAGAUUUUUGCCACUCAUGUGAUGGUUUUUUUGGUUCCUAUAUAUCCAGCGUUCAUCUUCUCAGUGAUCUUCAUAGAGCUGCUGGCAAAAUCAUUCCUCUCCCCAGUCUUGCAGAUGGACCUAUUGACAUCUUCAUUUGGGCCUUUAUUUCAAAGCAUAGUUUUAAUUAUUUUAUUGCGCUAUCUGGAGAUGAAGUAUGGCAACCCAGUUAUGAGAAGAGAUCCUGUCUUUAGGAUUUUUCCACAGAGAAAGAGCAUUCGUAAGAAUCCUGAAGAACCUAGUGAAGAUGAUGACAAAGAUGUUCAAAACGAAAGGUCAAGAGUUCAAAAUGCACUGGCUUCAGCAGAUCAGGAAGAGAAACCAGUUAUCAUUGUCCACAACCUGCGCAAGGAAUACAGAAGCAGAAAGGCUUGUUCCUGUUGCAAGAAGAACAAUGAGAAAAAGAAUGUGGCUACCAGAAAUGUCUCUUUUUGUGUUAAAAAAGGAGAAGUUUUGGGGCUAUUGGGGCCCAAUGGGGCUGGUAAAACUACAACAAUCAAUAUGAUUACAGGAGACGCAGAACUGACUGCUGGACAGGUGCUAAUAAAAAAGGCCAGUGUGAUUACAUCACUUGCAACAGAAGAAAAUGCUACAGGUUUUCUUGGCUACUGUCCUCAGGAGAAUGCCCUUUGGUCCAACUUGACUGUGCGAGAACAUCUGGAGAUUUAUGCAGCUGUGAAAGGGAUAAGGAAAGAUGCUGCUGCAAUUGCCAUUGAUAAACUUGUGCAAGCUCUUGAACUUCAAGAACAUUUGAAAAAGGCAAGCAAGAAACUGGCUCCUGGAUUAAGUAGGAAAUUAUGCUUUGCUCUGAGUGUGCUGGGUAAUCCAACUGUGAUGUUACUAGAUGAACCGACAGCAGGAAUGGAUCCCAAAGGAAAACAUCAAGUGUGGAAAGUGAUUCAUGCUUUACUAAAGGGCAAAGACCAAGGAGCCAUUUUGACAACUCACAAUAUGGAAGAGGCUGAGGCGAUGUGUGACCGAGUUGCUAUCAUGGUGUCUGGACUGCUCAGAUGCCUUGGUUCUAUUCAGUAUCUGAAAAGCAAAUUUGGCAAAAAUUAUUUGCUGCAAAUAAAAGUAAUGGGAGUAGAGCAAGGUGAGCUUGUGAACGCUGAGAUUCUGCAGAUCUUCCCACAUGCAGCUCGCCAGGAAAGGAUAUCCACUUUAUUGGUCUACAAAGUACCAAUGGAGGAUGCACUGCCUCUGUCAAAAGCCUUCUCCAAGCUAGAGAAAGUUAAAAGAACCUUCAGUCUGGAGGAGUACAGCUUUUCUCUGAACACUUUGGAACAGGUUUUCCUAGAACUUUGCAAAGAACAAGAGCGAGAUCAUUUCGAUGUGGCUCUGGAUUCAAUUUUUGAAUGGAAACAACUGCAGCAGGAUGAUUUCUAAGCCGCUGUUGGCUUAAUC